AUGUCCAAUGCACCAUCAACGACGACAUCAGAAGCCCAGAAGAUCGCGACAACGACGACGACGACGAAAAUGCGAUUGCCCAGUGUUAAGGAACUUGCCAAGAGAUUCGAAACCAGCACAAGCCGAAUUGAGCACCACAAACCGGUGAUCUCCAAACGAAUCGGCAAGUUCCGGGUAGUGGAAAACCUUCACGAGCCGUGCACAUCACGAGUGCUACGUGGAAGCGCCAUACCGCGACGGAAAAGUUCGUUGAAACGACGAACGCGGAGCAACUCGGAGCUCGCCGUCCUGGUCACAUCUUCUGAAUUUCGGAAGAGCAAAUCCACUGGCGACUUUUCACCGACGGGUGCCGGAGCAUCGGGUGCUCCAAUUGUGAUAACACCGCUACCUGCACCUAGAUUACGUCUUCAAACAACAAGCAUGAUUGUUGAAAGUUCCCCUUCUCCAUCUUUCCAUUCCAAAAAAGAUGGUCACCCAGUGUACGAGGAGCGGUGUCGAGUGUCCUUAACAAUUCCAAUUUCUUCGUCAGAAGAUCUUUCCGCUGUAUCUCCACCACCACCUCUACCAUCUGUACCUCCGUCUAAGGAGAGGAUCAAGAGGAUUCCUUCCUACCUGAAGCCUACUCCCGCGCCGAGGUCUAUGUCUGCCACGCUGCCCAGGGCUCGUCUGAAGACCCCACCACCUCCACCCCCAGUUACCAAUCAAUUUGACACCCUGCCGGUCAGUUUCCGGAGCAGCUCAACAUCCUCCAGCACAGGAGGUCUCCCGAGAAUCCCGAAUAUCCCCGUCCCAGAUGUCCCUUUUAUUCCACUGGAUGACGACAACUGUUACGAUGAAAUUAUGCUGGUCACGCCAUCAUCAAACACAUGUAUACCUACACAUCAACGUCUAGAAUCCGAGUACACCUAUGAAUCUCAGUCUACCGACUUUUCAAGGCCGGAGCCUCCUAGAGCCUCCGGGUCAGAGCCCAAUUCAAGCAGACGGGCUUAUCCUCGGGAUGAGGAAAUCUUUGAUGAAGCUGAAGAGGAGCUUCUGGAAGAACAAAGAUUUCAAAAAGUGCCGGAAAUCAAAGAGCGCUUCCUUUCCUCAACUCUCCAAAGGAAUCCAAAAUCCUCGAAAAGGAUGAGCUCAAUGGAGCUGGAAAAGCUGUUCAGGUUCAAGAGCGAGUUGCAGCUUAAUUUGUCGAAAAAGGUUAGCCAAUUACGGCAGAAAGUCGGCGACAAACAAGCGAAGAGACGAUCAAAGUGCCACGUCAGUGUUGAUCUACUGGACACUGAUUUUAGUUCUAUGAUGUCAAAAUCGUCUUGCGUUGACAAGCCGUUCCAGGAUGACGAUCACAUUUAUGGGGAUGAUUGGAGCAGUGAUGAUGAUGAUAUUUAUCACGAUGACCGUCGCUCUUCUAUGUACCGACAAUUAGAAGAACAGCUGAACAAGGCGUUUCCGGACUACGUUUGUCGAUCCCAACUCUCAUCUGACUACGAAAGCGCUGACAUUCUGGUCGACCCGAUUCCAGCUCGCUCCUCGGAAGUUGUAAUGUCCGACACGGAAAAGUACGUGGCACGACCAGCAGUUGGCCACCUGCCAUUGGAUGACUCAUGGACGCCAACGUCGGCAGAAGCUAUUCAAGAUGAACCAUCGCCCGACGAAGAGGAAUACAAGAGACAGUACACAUGCCGAAUGGUUCCGAAUGAAGGACCAUUGUAUCAACAUUAUAUGCUUGAAGCAGUGGCAGUUGCAGAUGAUGAGGUUAAAAUUCCAUUGGAAGAGGUAAAAGAGGAGCCGGUAGAGUUACCCGCUGCUGUUGUUCAUGAAGUUGUCGCUUUGAAACCAGCCACACGUCGUGAAUCAUCCAUCUCAUCAGACUCUGGAAGAGGCGCCGAUUGUUCGACAACUUCUGCGUCAGCCCUAACAUCCAACACCUCAAUGCGACGAGAUCGGCUAGUUGGCACUUCAAACUUCGGCUCUCAGAGAAGUCUUUGGUGUGAACUCCCGGAAGUUCGAGCUGCAGGUCUUCUUGAGAAGCUUGAUGAUGAGUGCAAGCUGAGACAAGAAGCUUACUUUGAAGUGAUCACGUCUGAAGCAAGUUACCUUCGGUCCCUGAAUGUUCUGAUUACUCAUUUCAUGGCAAGUCCACAGAUGUUGGGAUCCAAGUCGGCUUUAUCAGUUCUGUCAGAUUCUGAUAGGAAACAUCUAUUCAGUAAUAUUUUUGCCGUGCGGGAUUGUUCCGAGAGACUCCUCUGCGACCUGGAAACUCGUCUGGAAGAAAACCUGAUUCUCGAUGACAUCUGCGACAUUCUCUCCGAUCACUUUGAUAAACAUUUCGAGGUCUACAUCAAAUACUGCUCGAAUCAGGUCUAUCAAGACAGGACCCUCCGCCGGCUGAAAACUGAAAAUCCAGGUUUCCUGUCAGCAGUUCAACGGUUAGAAGAGAACAAGCAGUGUCAGGGACUUGACAUGAGAAGCUUCCUGAUGCUUCCGAUGCAAAGGGUCACAAGAUAUCCCCUUCUGUUGUAUGCAAUUCUGGAUAGAAUCACGACGACAGAUGAUCGAUAUAAAACCGCUACCGACGCACUGACAUCUUCAAAUCGAGUGGUUCGGGAUUGUAAUGAAGGUGCCAGAAGGAUGGAGAGAACCGAACAACUUCUAGAUAUCGAUCGACGUUUGAUCUACAAAGAUGCAGAUCUCAAGAGGAUACCACUAGUGUCAAAUAGCAGGUAUCUCGUCAAAAAAGGAGUUCUAACCCAGCUCGUGGAACGUCGAUCAUCAAAUAUUCUACAAAGUCGUCAAAAAGCGAGAACCCUUCAUGUCUUCCUAUUCUCUGAUAUGAUCAUGAUAACAAAGAAGAAGCUGAACGGAACUUUUGUUUGCAAAGACUACGCGGCUCGACGGUUCGUCGACAUGCAGCCCAUUGAGCCGGAUAACCCGAAAAUUCCACUGGGAGCUACUAGUAAUUUGGUGGGCAGACCACAUUUGUUCCUGUGUACUCUGAUGAGAAACGCGAGGGAUAAGCAGACGGAGCUCCUGUUGUCAGCUGAUAGUGAGACUGAUCGGGAGAGAUGGCUCAGUGCGGUCAGGCCGCCUACGUCUACUAACCCGGAGGAAAAGAUCUACGCCGAAUGGGACUGCCCGCAGGCACUAGUGGUGCAUGCCUACCAACCAUCACAAGCCGAUGAGCUGCAGCUGAACAUUGGAGACUCGCUGAACAUUUUGCGAAAGAUGCCCGAUGGAUGGUUGUACGGAGAGCGAGCUGGCGACGGACUGGGCGGAUGGUUUCCGUCGUCGUACGUGCAGGCAAUCAUCAACGACCACACACGAGCUAACAACUAUCGACAACGGCUACGUAUCAUACAGGCAGCGUCGGGUUGGCACGGAAACGCUUCUCCUUCGUCAACUCGGAGUGGGGGGAUGCCCCUGAUGGACCGUUUGCGGCGAAUGUCGAACCCCAAAACGUAUUUCCAAUCUGGUACUGUUGGUCUUUAACUUCUCCAAGAGAACAAUUGAAAACGAGUUUCAAAGAAAAAUUUCCCAAAAAAGUAUUGUGAUUUCCUCCUCCCAAAAUUUCCCAAAAUCGUAUUUUUUUUCCACACUUUUUAGUAUUUAUAUUUUUUCCGAAAUCCCCAUUCUGUCCCGAUUUCCCAACAAAACAAUGGUCUUUCUUUUUCCUUUCCUCGUUGUAACCAUGUCAAUUGUACACACUCUCACAUUAGGUGAUAUUAUCAUAGAGAUUUAUGGAUACCUCCGUUAUUUAUGCUCAAUUAUUUUCCAAUAAAUUUAUUUUAAAAAUUAUAUAUA